GUCCCUUCAGCUCAUCAGACGCAGACGAUCAUCGAAGACUCGAACAAUACCUAGGACUCCAACCUCAAGGUCUACACCCGUCCCAACAUGGCCGAGCCCAUACCGUCUGCCUCGGCAGCUGCAGACGCCGCCGAAGAUGAAACCACGCAAAACCUCCCCGCAAAUGCAGAGGACCGCAAGGCCGCUGCCGCCCUCAACGCAUUAAAUGCAAACAACAUGUCACAAGAGAAUGGAGAGUCAGCCAACAAACAACCCUCCGCCGCAGACCAGGAAGCAUUGGGCAAGGCAAUGUCAAGACUUGAAAUCGCUAGUGGCGUAAGCAAGAAAAAGGACGACAGCAAGAAAGCCGAGUCAAAGAAGGAAGUGGAAGUCAAGAAGAAGAUCAAGGUGGCUGCAGAUGAUGUUAACUUUCUGGUUGAGGAAUUGGAAUUGACCAAGGUCAAAGCCACAGAACUUCUAAGAUCCCACGACGGCGAUAUGAACCAAGCCAUCAAGGCAUUCCUCGCUUCAGUGGUAAAAGUAUAGGAACCUGAACCACCCAGACCUCCCGCAGAAUUGAAUACAAGGGUUUCAGAAAGUCCAACAUUGUUAUCGGAUCACUCGAACUCGCGUUUAUUCAGAGUGCAAGUCAAAGACAGGAUUCGCACCUUUCGAUCAACCAUAUUCGAUCAACCGGGAAAAUCAUCGCGUCCUCGUGUCUGAUUGAUCCUCUAUACUGAGCCUGCUCUCGUUGGCACACGAACAUGAAAUUACCAAUACGCAAGAGCUUGUACGAGGCAGAAAGCUGAGUGUGCAUUCGACCGAGAGGAACAGAGAGAGGAACAGAUUUGGAGAAUUCCUCCCCACGAGGAGAAUGGAUCGCACCUAUCCUUCGCGCACUGUGUGCCUGUGUGGAUGGACCGAUGGCGCGCAAUAAUAGGCAAGAGCCAGCCGUCUAGGAUAUAUCGUUUCCAUCAUAGUCCGGAAACACCGGACAGAGCAGUCAAGAGAACAUUGAUACGUACAGCGCAUGGAAUGAUAGCAACAAGCCGUAGAAGUUCCAUAGAUCAUCCAUAUCCACCAAGCCGGCACAUCUUCGGCUAUUGAGACCAAGAUAAUCACAAACUCACAGACAAAUGAUAC